AUGGCUCUCGCCUUAUGCUUGGUGGCGCCCUUCAUCGGGCUCUCGCCGCUGGCGCUGCAGAGGCCGCGGACGAUCGCCGCGCUCGUCGUGCGGGAGCACCGCAGGUCGUGCGGCACGCUCCUGGCUGCCGACCAGGGCGCCGAGCGGGUGGUGCGCGUCAGCGUGCGCAACAGUCAGCUCCUCGCGUCGACGGCAACGGCCAAGAAGGUGCAGACUGAGGAUCCGUCGGCCCUCAACAUCAACCUUGGUGGAGUGCAGAUCUGGCCGAAGCCGCAGGGCUCCGUCAUCGGCCUCUUCGUGCUGAUGCUCGCGCUCGUGCGCAAGGCCAUCAUCAAGGGCGGCUUCCGUAAGGCCUUCCUCGAAAUGGCCGACUCGCGCUACCUCGCCUCGAGCAAGCAGGAGGAGGCGGAACUGCACGAGUUCCAGUGCGAGAAGUGCUCGUUCACCAUCUUCCCCGCGCGCGGCCGCGAGGGCAAGUUCUUCCCGGACGACUACAAGUGCCAGAGUUGCGGAGCGCCAAAGGAGGCAUUCUUCGACAUGAACUCGCUGGACGACCCGCGCGCGAUCGAAGCGCGCGCCAACGACCCGGACUUUUCCACCGACCUCGGCCAUUCCAACGGCCAGGCCGCUCGCUUAAGGCUGAUUGGCUAG